UCAGUACGGUUUUUCUCGGAGUUCGCGAUUUUUGCCAUCCUCGUAAUUUGCGAAAAGUGAGUCUUGGUGCUUUCAAGGCUUCGUUUUCUGUGCGAUUCGCGUGCCAAGUGUAUUGUGUAUUAUUCCUUGCUUCUUAUAAAUCGGCUGCGCGUGCGGUACGUGAUGCCGUCGGCGCGGCUGCGGCUGCGCGAGGCGGACGUGGUGCGGCUGAGCCUGGAGUUCCUGCACAACCGGGAGCUCCACAUCUCGCAGCUCUCCCUCGAGCGGGAGACGGGCAUCAUCAACGGCCUCUUCUCCGACGACGUCCUCUUCCUCCGACAGCUCAUCCUCGACGGACAGUGGGACGACGUCCUCGAGUUCAUCCAGCCCCUCGAGGCCCUCCCCGCCUUCGACCUCCGACAGUUCACCUACCUCAUCCUCCGCCACAAGUACGUCGAGCUCCUCUGCAUCAAGUCAGAGGCCAGCGGCCUCACCGAGAACGUCGACAGCGCCGUCUCCGAAGUCGUCCAGGUCCUGCACGAGCUGGAAAAAGUGUGCGCCUCGAAGGAGGAACACUCGAACCUGUGCCUGCUGCUGACCCUGCCGCGGCUCUCGGACCACCUGAACUACAAGGACUGGAACCCGAGCAACGCGCGGGUGCAGUGCUUCCGGCAAGUCUACCCCCUGGUGGAGAAGUUCCUACCCUCGGACAAGAAGUCGGGCGAGCGGGAGGCCCUGUCCGGGGCGGCCAAGAACGACCGGCUCAUCCAGCUCCUCAUCAAGGGGAUCCUCUACGAGUCGUGCGUCAAGUACUGCCAGGUGAAGGCCACCGGCGAGCCCGAGACCCCGACGCAGGACCACGAGAUGACCUUCUCGCGGCUCCUCGACGGAUGCGCCGGGCUCAGCGAUUCGGAUCUGUCGCUCUUGUCCUGGUUGCAGAGCAUACCCCCCGAGACCUUCUCCAUCCCCUUCGAGCAACGAUCACUCAACGUCGACGUUGAGAGGUUGGAGCGCCCCUCGCUGGAGACUUCCUGGACGGAGCACAUGCUGGUGACGCCGAUCAAGCCGAAGACGUUCCCGCACUCGGCGAUGCCGUUCACGCGCCCCAAGUCCGCGGCGGACAUGAUGUCCCGCUCCCUCCUGCCGGCCCUGGACCAAGGCCCCGCGGGGACCGCCCCCGGCGGGAUGGCCCUCUCGACCGGCGACCUCCGCGGCUCCCCGCUCAUGUCCCGCUCCUCCUUCGCCUCCUUCCACCUCACCGGCGCCGGCGUCUCCAAGAACAAGCUCAUGAACACCUCCGUGGACCGGCUCUUCGAGAACGAGGGCGACGUCUUCGUCUCCUCCACCUACGGCGAGUUCCAGCUCCCCUCCAUCUCGGAGAACACCUCCACGCCCAAGCGCAAGUCCCCCGAGAGGAAGUCCCCGAGCCGGAAGGAGGCCCUCCUCUCGACGCCCUCCACGCCGGAGCACGGCCGCGGCCGGGAGUCCCCCUCCACCUCCACGUCCACCUCCACGACGGCCCGCUCCUCGCGCCGCGACUCCCUCUCCCUCUCCGAGCGACCCCACCCAGAUCCUACCUCCGCCAACCCGGCCGCCAACCUGGACCCCAGCCGCGGCGUCUACGACCAGGGUGAUCUCUUCAAGGAGUUCCAAAGGACCCGGCAACGCCUCCAGGAGAAGGAGAUUCUUCUCCGACAGUACUCGGAUCCUAGGUUCUCCGAUAGUCAAAGAAUGUCCGAAGACAGUUUUCGGUCGAAUAGUAGUAGAACAAAUUCAGCUUUAGUUAAUUCGAAUUCUGUGCCCAACUCUAAUAGUACUGUAGUUAAUAGUAAUGGACGGAUAGAACCUCCGGAUGCCCACUACGACACUGUCAAGCCGUUGGGGCGGACUGAUCUAGACGGAGGCCAAGGGAAUGGAGCGGGCCGCGCUCGGUUCAUGGCGAUCACGUCGCUGGAGGACGUGCAGGCGGUCCGGUGCGCCGAGUUCCACCCCCGGGGAAACGUCUACGCCGUCGGGUCCAACUCCAAAACCCUCCGAAUCUGCGCCUACCCCAAAAUAUCCGACAUCAGCGAGGACUCGCCGGUAUGCCAGCCAACGGUACUGUUCAAGCGGACCCGCCACCACAAAGGCUCCAUCUACUGCAUGGCCUGGACCCCGAUUGGUGACCUCAUGGCCACAGGAUCUAACGACAAGACCGUCAAACUCAUGCGCUUUAACGCCGAAACUUCCAAUCUAGAAGGUCAAGAGAUAGAGUUGGCGAUGCAUGAUGGGACGGUAAGAGACCUUUGUUUCCUGGAGGAUACAAGCAACAAGUCCUCUCUGCUCAUCAGUGGUGGUGCUGGCGACUGCAAGAUUUACGUCACGGACUGUGCCACUGGCCAAGCUUACCAGGCUCUCAGUGGUCACUCUGGGCACGUACUUUCUCUUUACAACUGGGGUGGUGCCAUGUUUGUGAGUGGUUCUCAGGACCGAACAGUCAGAUUUUGGGACUUGCGGACUCGAGGCUGUGUUAACGUCAUUACUCCUGUCACUGUUCCAGGGACCAAGCAAGGAAGUGCGGUGGCAGCAGUGUGUGUUGAUCCAUCCGGCCGACUUUUGGUUUCUGGUCACGAGGAUUCUGCGUGUGUUCUGUGGGACAUUCGCGGAGCUCGAACCCUGCAAUGUUUCAAGCCACACUCAGCGGACGUACGCUCCAUCCGCUUCUCACCCAGUGCCUAUUACCUUCUCACGGCAGGUUACGAUAACCGACUUGUUCUCACCGAUCUUCAAGGUGAUCUAACAGCGCCAUUACCAAGCGUUGUUGUUGCACAGCACCAAGACAAGGUUAUUUCAGGUCGAUGGCACCCGCAGGAAUUCUCGUUCCUCAGCACAAGUGCGGACAAAACAGUCACUUUGUGGGCUCUGCCCCCUGUCUAAGUACCGGUAUUAUAAAAUAUAAAUGGAUCAUGUUUACCUGUUUCUUUUUUUCUUUGUUUGUUAACAUAGUUAUAUUUUUUCUACGAGUUUAAUUGCCACAGUUCACGUUCGCAUUAUUUGUUUAGUCAGAAUGAUGAGGGAAUUAGGCAAUCAUUAGGAACAAAGAACCACUUGGAUUUAACUUAAUAAUACAAGGUGACAAACUAUAGAUUAUAAUGUGACUAAUAUUCAUGAAGAAACUCUAAUGUUGUUACUGUAAAAAAUUUAAGUAUUCUCCCAAUGUAUUUAGCGUUUUUAUGAGUCAUAUUUUAGUUUGAAUAAUCUUCUGUUUAAUCUCAUUUCCAAACAAAAAAAUGUUAUGAGAUUUUAUAAUACUCACAAUGACAGUAUUUCUCCUUUUUCUUUCCUUUACGAGAUUCUGUUUGGACAAAAUACAGAUCAAUUCCACCAUACCCUCUUAAAUUUUUACAAAACAUGGAUUUAAGUGCAACAUGUUUAGAUGGAUACUAAAGUUUUAUAAUGAAUUUGUAAUUAUUUUCCUGAUUAAUUUGUUGUCUUUCAUGAAGGAACGUAUUUUCAUUGCACUGGUUCUGUAUUAUGGACUUAUACUUUAUUUGUUUUUAGGAGGACCAUCAGAUGCAUUCCCUGAAAUUUUUUGUAAUUUUUCUAUACCCUAAAAUACUCUGAAGUUUUCAGACUUAUUUGUGCGAUGGUUUUCCCAAGGAAAAAUAAAACACUCAUGUAGGUGUACCUACUGAAACAGUGCAAGCGAGAUACACUCAUUCAUGCCAGAGGCAACGAAUUUCCCUAUUGGUGCCUGUUUUGCUAAUUUUUGCUGAUAACGUAAUCAUAACCUUAUCAACCUAGUUUUUUAUAAUUUUUUAUAUAAUUACAAAAGGACAAAACUCAGUGAGCUUUCAUAAAAAGAAAAAAAAAAAAUCGCUUGAAGUGCAAUGUAGAGUUAGCUAAUCAAUGUAGAAAUUUAAACAAAAAUAAAAAACAUCAACUUCUGGUUUUUCUUUAUUUUGUAAAUGGAAUAGAUAUACCUAUCUGCAGUGCAAUUUUCAAGGAACCACUUCUAAAGAACUCAGCAGGCUGAUCCUUGAAAUUGAUGGACAGAGCCGUAGAUAAAGGAGACAAA